GCAAGGCUUCGCCAAUACCUGGUCGUGGGAAAACGUGGGCGUCUGUAGAAGGCCGCUAGAAGACUGGAGAGGAGUAUAUGAAGGGAUGUUAAGUCCCAGGUUGAAGGUCACUCUCGACAGCAAGCCCAUCACUGCACAGCUUCAACAAUCGCUUUCUACAAGUCAUUCACUUUGAAUACCAUCAACAUGCUCUCUUUCCUCCUCCUGCUCGCGCCCCUUGUGGCAGCCCACGGCCACGUUGACAAGGUCGUUGCCGACGGCAAGGAAUACCAGGGCUGGAACGCUGCUCUCAAGUACCAGAACCCCAUUCCCGCCACCGUAGGAUGGCAAGCCGACAACCUUGACAACGGUUUCGUUUCCCCUGACAGCUUUGGCACUUCAGCCAUCGUUUGCCACAAGCAGGGCAAGAGCAACGGUGCCUACGUUACCGUCAAGCCUGGCAGCAAGGUCACCUUCAAGUGGGACACCUGGCCAAUCAGCCACGUUGGUCCCAUCCAGGAGUACAUUGCGCCUUGCAACGGUGACUGCGGCUCCGUCAGCCCCUCUGACCUGAAGUGGACCAAGAUCCAGUCCAGCGCCUGGAAGUCAGGAAGCAACCCAGGAAAAUGGGCUACUGACGAUCUCAUCGCCAACAACUUCGCCUGGGACCUCACCUUCCCCAACGUCGCCCCUGGCAACUACGUUGUCCGUCACGAGAUCAUCGCUCUGCACGCUGCUGGCCAGACCAACGGCGCCCAGGCGUACCCCCAGUGCGUCAACUUCAAGGUUGAGGGCUCUGGGACUGCUAAGCCAAGCGGUGGUGUUGCUGGUACUAGCUUGUACAAGGCCGACGACGCUGGUAUCAAGUUCAACGUCUUCCAGUCCUUCACCAGCUACCCUGUCCCCGGCCCUGCUGUCAACAAGCUCGCCAAGCGCCACUCCAAGGACCUCGAGUACUAGGUAUAAACACGAAUAAUGAGAUGCGAGAUGUCUGGAGGGCAUAGGAUGGACUAGAUCAUUCAUGGGUACAUACUUCUUUUAGUUCGCUCGUUAAGGCUUGCGAGACAGUGUAUAUAGAGCAUUGAUGGAGUGUAUAUAGCAUUUUGGAAUCACAUUGCGUUGUCUUUGGAUCUUGAUGCAGCAUAAAGGCACU